GUGAAUUUUAUAUAGGCAAAUUAAAAUCGCUAAUAACUUCAGAGUUUACUUACCUUUCAAAACAAACAUUUCAAAAUGUUUAAGAGAUUCAAAGAGAACACAACUGAAAUCAAGAAUCUAGAAGAAUUAUUAAGGCCCAAAUUUCCAAAUUGUAAAAUCCUCAAACACGAUGUGACGCCUUUGACGGAGUUAGGUGAAAAUUUUGGAAGUGAAAUUCUAAAAAUUGACAUAACCAUAGAGGAAAAUGGUAGUGAAAAAGUCAUUCCUUCAGUCGGGAAAAUGAUACCACCAACCGAAUUUCAAAUGGAAAUAUUCAACACGCAACAAACCUUUAAAAACGAAAUUGGGUUUUAUGCAGAAAUCGUUCCGACUCUGCAAGAAUUUCAAAGGGAAAACGGAAUUGAAGUUGCCGAGUACUUUUCAAAAUUUUAUGCAGCUAGACUUAGUUUGGAUCCAAAAAGUGAGGUCGUAGAUUUGGAUGCGAUUUUAAUUAUGGAAAAUUUGAAAGUUGAUGGUUUUGGUAACAUCGACAGACAUAAAGGGUUCGACCUAGACAUGACCAAAAAAGUACUCAGCACCCUAGCCAACUUCCAAGCAACGCUUGUUGCUUUACGCACCAAGAAACCUGAACUAUUCAACUCCAAAGUGAAACCACAUUUGACUGAAUGGCAAGGGAUUCCACCAGUUGCAGAUAUUGAUCCAAUUUUACGUGAAAAUCCCAGAACGGCUGCUUUAAUCCCCAGAGUUAAAAGACUGCUCAGCAAGAAUAAAUUAAAGAAAUUUACUGAAACUUGGGCAACAAUCACGCACAAUGAUUUUUGGGUAAACAAUAUUAUGAUAAAAGAGUCCAAUGGGAAAUUUGAAGGCCUCAAAUUGAUAGACUUCCAAGUAAUCGAUUACGGAUCACCUUUAAUAGACGUUUUGUUUUUUCUAUUCGACAGUGUACAAGUUUCAGUACUUCAAUAUCAUUUCGAUAAACUUUUGAAAUAUUUCUACAACGAAUUUAUUGAGGUUCUUCAGGGGUUUAAAAUAGACACGUCUGAAUUUACUGAAGAAAGCUUCCAAAUAGAAGUUAACCAGCAAGCACCUAGGGAAGUUCAUCAUUCCUUGGGAAUGCUGCAAAUAAUUUUAGCACCUAAAGGACCUCCAAAAAUUCCUGGAAAAAUAAAUAUGCCAUCAGAUCAAAAUCCUUCAGAUUCAAAUGGUAAUGUAACAUCACCAAUACCUUUUACUGUUCCAGUAGCAAUGAAAGACAAAAUCUGGUUUAUGGUUGAGGAAGCUGCUAAAAGAAACUGGAUUUAAAUUUAUAAAUUCCCUUAUACAUUGUUGUCAUUUUAAGUCCUAAUAAAACAAGCUAAUAAUUUAA